AUGUCUAAACCUUAUCUUAAACAAACAAACAACGAGUUACGAACUUCAAAAAGUGCGAAUAUAUCACAAAUCGAGAUAAUCUUAGAGCCUAUAUCUCCAACCAAUAAUAAUUUAGCACCGAUAAAUAAUCAUGACAUCGACGACAAUGAUGAUAAUCAUAAAAUGUUCCUGGAUUACUUUUAUUCACCAUUAACUGAAGAUCAAGAAAAAUUGAUUCAAAGUUAUUCUGAUUCAAACAUACUUUAUGAUAAAGUCAUUGAAAAAUUCAACAUGACAGUAACUUAUCAUGAUAUCAAAACUUUAAACCCCACGGUUUGGGUAAAUGAUCAAGUUAUGAAUUUUUACGGUAAGCUUAUAGUUGAUAGAAACUCAAAAAAUAAAAAUUUGCCUUCGUUAUUUAUACAUAGCACACAAUUCAUGACCAAAUACUCGAGCUGUGGUUACAAAGCGGUUUCUAAAUGGACGAAAAAGGUUGAUAUUUUUGAAAAAGAUUUAUUAUUUAUACCGGUACAUAGCAGAAAUAUGCACUGGUCUUUAUGUCUAGUCGAUUUUAAGGCUAGUAAGAUAUAUUAUAUUGAUUCGUUGUAUCUUACAAGUGAAAAAUAUAAAGAAGAUGUCAGAUUAGUAAUAAAUGACAUAAAAGAAUACUUAAAAUACGAAUGGGCGGACAAGAAACAUACCUCUAGAAAAUUUGACAUGUUCCAAUCAAAUCUGAGUUUUAUGGGGAUUCCCCAGCAAAAGAACUCGUAUGAUUGUGGUAUUUUUGCAUUACUUUUUAUCGAACAUUAUAGUAGACGAGCACCUCUACUAUUUAAUCAAUUACAUAUACCAUAUUUUCGAAAAAAAAUAAUAUAUGAGAUUGCGAAUGGUAAAUUAUUACAAUAA